UAAAAAUGAUAUAAUUAAAAAUGGAAAUUGAACAUAAAUAUAGUAAAUGUGAUGAAUACAAUCUACUUGAAACAUUAGGAAUUGGAAAGUUUGGGAAGUACUGUCUAUUUUGAAAAUUUAGAGUUAAAUUAGGCGAGAAAAAUGGUGAAUAUGUUGCAAUAAAGCUUUUCAAGGAGGAGUUUGGUACAGCUUAAAAUAUCAGAGCACUUGCAAAUGAGGUAAAAUUUCAUCAAAAACUGGAUCAUCCUAAUAUAAUAAAAUUGAUAAAAUUCAGCGAAAAUUUUCAAUAUAGAGUACAAAUAGAUAUUUAUUAAAUAGAAAAAAAAUGGAAAAACUAAGCCACGUGUAGGGGAAAUAUUGGAAUGGGCAAAAGGUGGAGAAUUUUUUGAAUAUGUGUAUUAAUUUGGUAGAUUAUCCCCAGAAGUCUCUAGAUUUUAUUUUAAAUAAUUAUUGGAUGCUAUGAUUUACCUGAAAAACUAAGAUGUAUGUCAUAGAGAUUUAAAAUUGGAGAACAUCUUAUUGGAUGGUGAAUUUAACUUAAAAGUGGCUGAUUUUGGAUUUGCUAAAGGUAUGUCUGCAGCAAAUUUAAGAACUAACAUUGGAACUCUUAGUAUAAUUUUAUAUAAUAUUAUAUAGGUUAUUAAGCACCAGAAAUAACUUAAGGAAAUGGAUAUAAUGGAACUAAAGUAGAUAUAUUUGCGGCAGGUGUAAUUUUAUUUAUUCUAAAUGUUCGAUCUCCACCAUUUACACUAGCUUAAGAAGGGGAUCGCUUUUAUAAAUGGUAUCUCUAAAAUUAGUAAGAAUAAUUUUGGAAGGAACAUUUGAGGUGUAAAGGUAUAACUCCUGAAAUGUUUCCUUAAGAUUUUAGGUAUUAUUAUAUUAAUUAAUAUUUUUAUAGACAUCUUAUAAAUGGAAUGUUAGCUCCAAAUCCAAAUGAUAGAUUUAAUUUAGAAUAAUGUCUUACACAUCCAUGGACAAUGGGAAAAACAGCCACAUUUUAAUAAGUUAAAAAUGAAUUCUAAUAAAAACUUAAUAUAAUGUAAACUUAGAAAAAUGCAUCAAGGAUGUAAAAUUAAUAAAGUAGCAAGAGUAUUUUUAUUAUUUAUUAAGAGAAAUUUGUUUAGGUUUACGCAGAAGCAUUGAUGAUGAAAAUGAAGAAGAUUUUGCAUAAGUCAUUAAAAAAUAUAAUUUAAAUUUUGAUAAAAGACAAUUAACAUUUUGUUCAAACAUAGGAUUGCCAAAUGAAAUAUUACUCUAUUAAAAUCCCAAUUUUGUCUUUUGUUAUUUGUUGAAAUAUUGUAGAAAAUUCAAUGCCUCAGUUAACAAGAUUUAUGAUACUAGAUAUAAAGUUUAUACUUAUUUACAUUUUAGAUUAACUUCGAACUCAUUAAUGAAGAAAAUUAAGAAGAAGAUUAAGAAGAAGAUUAGGAAGAAGAUUAAGUUUAAUAAAAUGAGGAAAUAUUGUAGGAAAACAAAGAGGCCUAAAACUUAAGAUUCUCUAUUGAAAUCAUGGACUAUCAGAAUGAAAUUAUUAAGUUGAAUAUCAAAAGAAUAUCAGGAAAUUAUUUUGAAUUUAGAGAAAUCUAUUUUAGAAUCUAAAAUGUUAUUAAUUUAAUUUACAAUAAAUUCUUGUAGAAAGAAAUUUAAUAAAAUGAAAUUAAGAAACAAAUUUGAAUGAUCAAUUAUAAUAAGAAUUUAAAAU